AUGCGGUCAAGUACUAAAUGCGACUGCAGUCUACUAAACUCUAGAAGAUACACUUGGUUCACCAAGCUUCACACCAGGGCUUGGGUUGAUGGCUGCUUUUAUGCUGGGGUGGAAAUUAAAACUCAUAAAGAUCUUCGCCUUACUGGUUACAGAUUCUGUGCUCCAGAAGAUAAGGGCGUCACUUUGGUGUCAAACUACCACAUCGUUCCCGUGAUCACAUACAAUCGAAUCCAUGAAACUCAAACGGUCCUGAAGUACAGAAUCGCCCCUGAUGAUCAAACGGAAAAUACUACGGAGCAACGAAAGGCAACGAAAAAACCAGAGGCAAGCUUAGACUGUAAAGAUGAUGAACGUUUCUGCCCUCAAAUGAUGAAGCUGAAAGACUACUGCAACAGCAACCAUUAUUCAAAACGCUUAAAAGAAAGAAUAUGCAAAAAAUCAUGUAAAUUAUGCAGGAUGAUUACAAUCACUACAAAUGAACGAUUUCAAGCGUCAGCCUUGUAA